AUGGCAGAACCGCAUACGACAAUACCAUCGAAGCAAGUUCCUAAUAGAUCUAAGCUUGCUUUGAAAGGUGAUUCGAAAAUAGUAGCUGACUUCUUUGAAUAUAGUAUACAUACUAUCCUAUAUCAGCGAGGUAUCUAUUCACCAAGUGAUUUCAAAACGGUGAAAAAGUAUGGGCUUAGUAUGCUUGUAUCGGCAGAUGAUGAGGUGAUAGAAUAUAUGAAUAGAAUCAUGAAGCAGUUGAGAAGGUGGAUUUAUUCGGGCAUGAUAUCAAAAUUGGUCAUAGCUAUAGUUUCCAAAGAGUCUGGAGAAGUGGUUGAAACUUGGAGGUUCGAUCUAAAGGUCAAUAAAGCGGAUGAUGAAAAGAAUGGCGACGAAGAGAAAGAACGGAACCAGUCCAAAGAAGAUAUAAAGAGAGAGAUUCAGGCUAUUAUAAGACAGAUCACUGCCAGUGUGACGUUCUUACCGGAGCUUCAAGGUGGCCAUACGUUUAAUGUUCUCGUCUACGCAGAUCCUAAUAGCAAAGUUCCACCGGACUGGGGAGAAUCAGAAGCAAAAGAGGUGGUAGGAGACUCCGUAGAAAGUGUUCGGUUUAGAAGCUUUACUACUGAUACUCAUAGUGUUUCUACGUUUGUUAGCUAUCGUAUAUCUGAUCAAUAG